AUGUCUACACCUGACGAUGAAGAGGCCGACUUCACCAACCAGCUCAAGAGUGGCGUUCCGGUCAUGCUACACGUGAAGGUUGGGAAGCUCGAACCAGGGUCGAUUCAGCUCGUGGAUGAGGAGAACGAGAAGCUCGUCAUCAAGACUCUCAGGGAGGGAUGGUGCUCCUGGUGCUACUGCUACAACAGGCGCUACGAGCUCAGCCCGGGGCAGCUGGAACCUGUCGAGAAUAGGACGCACACCAUGAGACUCAACCGAUCGACGGUUCUCCUGAACGGCGGUGACUCCCACAACACCGCCAGCAUGCUCCGCCGCAGCCUUAGCCUCCUUCGCCGCCACCCCCACCCGGAGUCAAUCGACCUCACGUUCGCCACACCCAAGCUGGAAGAGAGCUUGAGGCUUUGGGUGCACAAGAGACUGGCAGUCGUCAAUCCAGCAUCAUCGCUUCCCCGCGAAAGCAGCAAGAGGGUCGUGCAGGCCCUCCAGGGUCUCCGCCCUUCCGAGGACUCUGACGUGGAGACGGCGUACUCGGAGGAACAGCCAACCCCGAGGGAUCUCCGGCGCAGCGGCAGCGCCAAGAUCUGGCCAGCACAGGGGCACCUGGUCAAGCGACAGAGCUCUCGGAAGGCAUUCAAGUCCGAGUCGGAGCAGUGGGACCGACGACCCAGCGCCAGGAGCGUGGGCUCCACGAUCCCCGAGGGAAAGGGUUCCGGUAGCAGCGGCGGCGAGGACGGCGGCGGAGCCAGCGACGGCAGCGACAAGGCCGCGUGGGCGUGGAAGGCGCCACCCGUGCUGCGCAGGCUGAGCGUCAGCAGCAACAGGUCGUCGCGAGGGGGCGCCGCCGUCGUGUCGCCCCCCCCUCCGGACACGGCCGCGGGCAGCAGCAGCGUCGACAACGCGGACAUGGCGUCGGGCACCUCCGCUGCGCCGCUGCCCCCUAGUGUGGGGUCCUUGCCGCCAUCUCGCUGCUCUUCUCUUACGAUCGGCGCCGCUGCCGCCCCCGCCGCUGGGAAGCGGGAGCCUGAAAGGGUCAGGUCUUCCUCCGACUCCGGCGCCCGCGGCGGCGACUUCUGGGACCCCCUCGGGCUGAUGAAUGACGCCACGCUGGACACGCCGCCGGUCAAGAAGACGCUGCCCAGGCGCGGGUCGGCGCGCCGGGGGCGGGCUCCGCAGUCCACCACCAGCACCGCCGCCGCCGACGACGACGCCGACGCCGCCCCCGCCGCCGCCCCCGCCGCCGGAAGAGCGCCGGCAACAACCGCGGCGGCGGGAGGAGGAAGGGGAGCAGGAGGAGGAGACAGGAAAGACCGAACCUUGCCCCCGCAGGGCUCGAAGAAGAAGAAGAAGUUGUCGCAAGGCAAGGCCGCGGCGAAGAAAGCCCCUAAGGUGACCGUCGAGACCGACAACAAGGAGUAG